AAAGGUAUGUCCCAAAGUGACAGAAAUAUAUGUUAAUCCCAAUAACUUCCAGAGAAUGAAUGUAUUGCUGGCAGCUUAAGUAACACUUUUUUUUACUUAUAUAAUCUUGACAUGAUAAGAAUACUUUUAUUUAUCUCAUUUAUUUAUAGAUAUUUAGUAAUACUUUAAUAAGUUUCAUACGUCACAUCAAUGCUCUUUUUGAUGCUUUAAUUAAAUCGUAGAUGCUACAGGAAGGAAUCAGACAUGAUUCAAAUGAUCUCAAGGUUAUUGAAGAAUCUCUAGAAUGGUUAAAUAGAUGGGAAGCAUUCAGAUUACAGAUUAGAAGCACUGAUCAAAAGGGAUUUUUGAGCCACCAAACAGCAGAAAAUCUACACUUGACGCUGACUAGUAUCUUAGCAAUCAUCAAACAAUUGCUUCCAAACUCAUAUUAUAUCCUGACAGCUCACUUUAAUCAGGACCCAUUAGAGCGUUUCUUUGGAAUGAUAAGGAAGUGGAAGCAAUUCUCAUCCCAUAACAGUACAGUUCUUAUACCUGUACAGAUUGUACAGUUUGGUUCGUCCUCCCAAACGAGGAUCAGUUUGAACUGAUGCUCGUUUGGGAUCUAUCCUUAUUACUUUAAAAAAUCUUCUUCAUAGUCAUAAAAAUCCAUUUAAAUUAGUUCAAGAACAAUUGGAAGAACAUUUAGAAAAUUUGCUUUGUGAUCCAAGCCUAUAAUAUGGAGAUCCUAGUAAUAGUUAAUUAUUAGAUCAUGAUUAUUGUACACCAGAAACAUUUAAGUUUAUCCUACAUUAUUUAGGAGGUUACAUUGUUUAUCGUCUACUACCAUCACUCGGUUGUGAUGAAUUCAAAAAUAUACUAACAGCAAAACCUGAGGAUGCUGCACCAGAGAAGGCAUUUACAUUCAUCAAAUCUCGAGGAGGUUUGUUAUAUCCAAGCUAUAAGCUUUGCCAAUUGAUGUACUGGACAGAAAGCAAAGUAUGUGAAAAAUUAACAAACUCAAAUAUGGAUGUUUAUUUUUCAAUAAUGGAUAUUAUAUUAAAUCAGUGUUCUGUUACAUCGAUGAUAGGAUGUGACAAUGCUGGUCACAAGUCCUACUUGACCUCCAGAUUUUUGCACUUUUUUGUUACCUGUCG